AUGCGUCCCACCGACACUUCCAACUUCCCACCGACUGAAAUCACCAAGCGACGUGUCCGUCGUGUCAAGGCGAACGGUCGAGAGCGGGCGAGAAUGCACGGUCUAAACCAUGCGUUGGACAAUCUGAGAGAAUACAUUCCGAUCACGACACAACAUCAGAAGUUGAGCAAGAUUGAGACGUUGCGUCUGGCGAGAAACUACAUUGAUGCACUCCAACGAAUGCUCCAAACCAACGAGCAACCGUCUCCACUGGAAUAUGCUCACACACUGGCGAACGGGUUGUCGCAGACGACGACGAAUAUGUUGGCCAAUUUGUUGCAGGUCCAACCCCGUCAACUCCUUCCACCAUCCCACUUCGAUAUGUUCUCCCAUCACUCUCUGCCUCUCCACCCCUCCCACGCGCCGUCUUCCUUCUCCUCAACGUCGCCAACCUCCUCAUGCUCUCCACCCCAAUACUAUUACUCCCCGAAUCAACCAUCUGCGGCGCCCGUUCAGAAUUCGUGUGACCUGACUCAAUAUCAGCAAAUGUUCCAGCAAAAUCAGCAGAGUCACCAUCAUUUUGGGUAUUCUCCAUAA